UCAUUUUUGUGGCCUUCCUCAGGACGCGCUCCAACAGGUCCACAUCUCUCCUGUACCGAGGACUCCACGCCCGGACGCAGUGCUGCAGGUGAGGUCUCCCAGCACAGAGCUGGGAGAGCAGGAGCACCUCCCUCGGCCACGCUGCUAGCGAUGCAGCCCACGAUACCUCGGCUUCCUGGGUCCCGCCGGACCGCGAGCAGCACCGGGCAGCGCCGCUCUCCGCUCCGCUCCGCUCCGCUCCGCUCGGGGUACCUGGCCGUCGCCGGCGGAUCUCCCCUUCGUGCGGCAGCCGCUGACUGCGGGACUCCCCGUCCGCCCCCCGGUCCCGCCCCCGGCGCCCCCCGAACCCGUCCCGCGCCCCCCGGCGCCGGAGCGCCCCGUCCGGCCCCGCGCCCGGUACCUGGGGCAGCGCCUUUUCCCCCGCCGCCGUUCAAACGCGCUGCCGUAAAGCGCCCGUCUCCCCUGGCAACAAGGUUCCGGCCGAGCACUAGGUGUAGGAAGUCACCAAUUACAAUAACGUGGUAGAAGCAAACUCAGAUUCGGAUGAUGAAGAUAAAUUGCAUAUAGUGGAAGAAGAAAGUAUAACUGAUGCAGCAGACUGUGAUGCAAGUGUGCCAGAA